AUGGCCAGAUGGUUCUUAACUUCUUACAAUUAUUAGACUGCAAAUUCCGAUGCAAUGAAUGGCAUGGUCUCGCAAGACAGGUCGUUGGAGUAGUUGUUUGAUCAGUUCGCAUGGAUCCAUGCGAUGAUGCCGUGCAGGACCUAAAAUGAUAACGUUUCACCUGCUGAUUUCCUGGAUGGAGAAGCUCUCGAAAAGAGAGCACAAUAACAUCAUUAUUUUCUUGCACAGUUGCGGACCUUUAGUUAGUUUUGCUCUUGAGUGCAGUAAGACUUGGUUCCUCCAUCGACACUGUUGUUUGAUUCGAGAGUGUGUGUGGAAUUUGACUUCAAAAUCAGAGAAUGUGACCGAGCAUCCCGUUGAAAACAUGCUGGAACCGCUGAAAGGCCCUUUUAUUGUGGUGCGCGAUCAGGUGCCUCGCGGCCAGGAAUCCCCAACGUCCUACAGCAGCAGUAACGGCAACGGUGAUACGCAGUCAGAAGCUGGUCAGGUGAACAACAACAACAAUGGUCCCUCUUGGAUCCUCUCGGAACUGGAGCUGGCCAUGGAGGCCAAUCCGCCCUUCAUCAUUGUGGAUUCGCUCUACGCGGAGGAAGUGGCUAAGAAUAUCUACCGCGGAAAUCUCUGUCGCAUGAUGGCGGUGACGGGCAGCGUCAUCUCGGCUGGUUUGGCCUUUAGCCGUCCCACGCUGCCGGUUGCGGUGCCCAUUCUGUCGAUGACACUGGCCACUGCGGGAUUUUAUGGUGUAUUCUACAUGCGUGAUCCCAGUCUGAAGUAUCUGGUGCUGGGCAGACGUUGGCGGACGAGUGGCUUCCAGUUGAACAGUGAUCAUUUUCUCUACAGUGAUCAGCCGCCGUUGAUCUUGAAAGCCGCUAAUUCACGCUUCCGAAAGGCGCUGAGAAUUUUACCCACGUUUCUGCCCCUAUUGAGUGUGGGAAUUGUUGUCUAUCGCUUUUGGAAAGUUUUAUCGUGAAAGCCUUACGUGUUCUGUAUCUUCAGAACCACAGCUUGGUUUGUUCCCUUUCAGUUAUAUUUAGAGUUUCCGAAAAAAUCUUGAAUAUUCUCGCAUGUGUUUGCUCAGAAAUAUAGAUGAAGUUGCUGUGGAAAGUACGUAAUGUUACACAGGCAGGUUGCGCUUGAUCUGCUGUUGUUUACAUAGAACUUGAUAGAAGUAUGAAUAAAAUGCUGCUAACAAGUUUUACCAUGACGAAUAAAGUUUCAAACAAGGCU